AUGGCCAACACUCCACCCAUUGUCCUCGACGGCGGCACCGGCUUCCUCAAGGUCGGAUAUGCCGCACAGAACUUCCCCGAACAUCAAUUUCCAUCCAUCGUGGGCCGACCUAUCCUGCGAUCUGAAGAGCGAACCGACAGCAAUGUUGUCAUCAAGGAUAUCAUGUGCGGCGACGAGGCGGCCGCCGCUCGUACCAUGCUCCAAAUCAGCUACCCCAUGGAGAACGGUAUUGUCAAGAAGUGGGAUGACAUGCAGCACCUGUGGGAUUAUACGUUUUACGAGAAGCUCAAGGUGGACACGAACGGGCAGAAGAUUCUAUUGACGGAGCCGCCUAUGAAUCCCCUGAAGAACAGAGAGCAGAUGUGCGAGGUCAUGUUUGAUCGAUAUGGAUUUGGGGGUGUUUAUGUGGCUAUCCAGGCUGUUUUGGCCUUGUAUGCGCAGGGUCUGAGCUCGGGUGUCGUCGUCGACUCUGGAGACGGUGUCACACAUAUCGUCCCAGUUUAUGAGUCGGUUGUGCUCAACCAUCUGACCAAAAGACUAGACGUGGCUGGCCGCGAUGUUACCCGGAACCUCAUCAAGCUGCUCCUGCGCCGUGGUUACGCCCUGAACCGAACGGCCGAUUUUGAAACUGUUCGACAGAUCAAGGAGAAGCUCUGCUAUGUUUCGUAUGAUCUGGAGCUAGACAAGCGACUGAGUGAAGAUACUACAGUUCUUGUUGAAAACUACACCCUGCCUGAUGGCCGCGUCAUUCGUGUGGGCAGCGAGCGAUUCGAGGCACCCGAAUGCCUCUUCCAGCCUCACCUUGUCGACAGCGAAUCGCCCGGCCUCGGAGAGUUCCUGUUCAACACUAUCCAAUCUGCCGAUGUGGAUAUCCGCGCUUCUCUGUUCAAGGCCAUUGUUUUGUCAGGUGGCAGUAGCAUGUAUCCAGGUCUGCCGUCGAGACUUGAGAAGGAGCUGAAGCAGUUGUGGCUUACGAGGGCUCUGCAAGGUAACCCCGAGAGGCUGAACAAGUUCAAGGUGCGGAUAGAAGACCCGCCAAGAAGACGACACAUGGUCUUCCUUGGUGGUGCUGUGUUGGCAAACAUCAUGGCCGACAAAGAGAGCAUGUGGGUGACAAAGGCGGAGUGGGAUGAGCAAGGACCUCGUGUGUUGGAGAAGUUGGGGCCACGAUAA